UUCGUUUCCAUUUCGUGUCCAAUUCCAAUUCAGAUUUCCCUUUGACUGGUUCGGGGACCUGUUUCCUCCUGUUUCCGAAUUGUUAUUACAGCUUUGAGUUUGAUGAUUAUUGGAAACAGAUCGUUCUGUUCGCUGUUUUUCUGUAGUUAAUUUUAAUUUUACGCCUCUAUUUUGGUCUGUUGUCGAUUUGGUAAUUCUAGGGCACUCAAGCUCAAGCAUUUACGCAUGUUCGUGAUCGAACCCUUGCAUUGAUCUUUCUGGCAAAAUCUGGCACCAUGUUGGAGGGUCCGUCUUAUCUCGUUUCCCGGGAACUACCAAGUUGCUGCGAGCAUGAGAGUGUGUGGGUUUACAAUGCAUUCCAGGUGAUUGAACUAGCAAAUGGUAAGCGUGGUUUGUUGGGGGAUAGGGAGGGCAUGCCACUGAAAAAGUCAUCCAAGCCUGAUGUCAUCAAGACAAAGGAAACAGCGGAGGGUUGUCAUGGUAGCGGUAAGUCCGCCUAUAAAUCUUGUAAUCGACAUAACAACGGAGACCAAUCGGAUAAUAAGCGUGAUCGUGGCGAACAAUCAGAUUCAAGUUCACUUAUUCACCAAAUUGGUCGAGAUAUCUCUAUUAAUUGUCUGCUCCGCUGUUCUAGAUCGGAUUACGGUUCAAUUGCCUCAUUGAAUCAAAGCUUCCGUUCUCUAAUUCGGAGUGGUGAGCUGUAUAAGCUGAGGCAGAAAUUUGGUAUUAUUGAACAUUGGGUUUAUAUUUCUUGCGAACUUCUUGAAUGGGAGGCCUUCGAUCCAAUUCGCCUUCGAUGGAUGCAUUUGCCUAGGAUGACUUCAAAUGAGUGCUUCAGGUGUUCUGACAAGGAAUCGUUGGCUGUUGGUACCGAACUGCUUGUUUUUGGAAAGGAGAUCAUGUCCCCUGUUGUUUAUAAAUAUAGCAUAUUAACAAACUCGUGGACAUUGGGUGCAGGAAUGAAUGAACCAAGAUGCUUGUUUGGCUCUGCAAGUCUUGGGAAUAUUGCAAUUGUUGCAGGAGGUUGUGACCCAAGGGGCAAUAUAUUGAGGUCAGUGGAGCUUUAUAACUCAGAUACGGGCACGUGGAUGACCCUUCCAAGCAUGAAUAGACCAAGGAAACUGUGUUCUGCAGUGUUCAUGGAUGGGAAAUUUUUUGUUAUGGGGGGAAUUGGUGUAGGCAAUCCAAAUUUGCUUACAUGUGGGGAAGUGUAUGAUCUGAAGACGAGGACAUGGCAUGAGAUUCCAGAUAUGUUCCCUCCAUUCAGCGGAGAUGCUGAUGCAACUGGGACAGCUGCUACAUCCAAGGCACCUCCCCUGCUUGCGGUGGUGAAAAAUGAGCUAUAUGCAGCGAAUCAUGCAGAAAAGGAACUGAGAAGGUAUGACAAGAGGAGAAAUCUUUGGGUUACAGUGGGUAGCUUACCUGAACAAGUAUCCUCCAUGGAUGGAUGGGGACUAGCAUUUAGGGGAUGUGGGGACCAGCUCAUUGUCAUUGGUGGACCUAGAGCUGUAGGAGGAGGGACAAUAGAAGUUAAUGCUUGGGUUCCAGAUGAACACCCUCCACAAUGGAACUUACUUGGCAGCAAACACUCGGGAAGUUUUGUCUACAAUUGUGCUGUGAUGGGUUGCUGAUGGUGUCAACAGUUGGAGUGGGAGUUCCUGUCCAAAUUGGCUUUUAUGGCCUUUCUUCCUGGAGGAGGCGGGAUUCUGGAUAGCUGCUAGUCUAUACCUUCCUUUACGGGGAAAAUUCAGAUUUUAAUCGUUUGCUUCAAAUAUUUCCUUGAAGAAGGUCUAGAGGUCUGUAUGUUUCCAGUUGUACAUGUUAUAUUACUGCAUCUUCACCCAUUUCGAAUCGGCCUGACAGUUCAUCACUAAAGGGUGCCAUCAUAUAAGACAAAUCAGACUAAUAAGUGAAUGCCCUGUUCAUUUUUAGGUGGUUAUGAAUAUUUGCAAAUGCUUUCUCAAAACGCCUGACAUUGUUUCAACAGCUUUGUGAUCUCGGCUGCUUUCUUAUUACUUAGAAGAAUGAAACUUGGCAGUCUAGUCCUUAUUAAGGAUCAUUUCCUAACAUGCCACUGAAUCAUCGUCAAGUCUAUGUGGUAAACAUAUAUCAUUCAAGAAGCAGAUGUCGAUCGAUUCAGUCCACUGCUUCUCCUCCUUUCUGUUCUGCUGCAUCAUAUAUGGCUUAGAGUGGUAAUUUGAAACUUUUUCUGAGUAGGGGGGGACUGGGGAAGGGAACUUCUUAGAGCUUGAAAUUGGCUCAGGUCAGUCAUGAAAAGCAGCAUGCUGUUGUUAUUUUAUGAGUAAACUAGGGUUGUGGCCUUGCCAUGAACAUGAUAAGCUCUACUUUUCAAGUGAGGACAGAAGGAUGAUUCAUGAGCAUGCCAGCAUUUCUUUAUCCUUCCCACUUGUAUUGCUGAUGGGUUAUCUAGUCAUGCUCCUUUACACUGAAAGUAAGCUUUUAAUACUCAUGUGAUGCUCACAUCUUCACCACUAAAACUGCCGAGCCUUCCAGCUUUGUCCUAUUAAUUGUUGCACCUGCACUAUUCCAUAAGAACUUGCACAUGUUGUUGUGGGGACGCCUAUAUAAAUUUUAGCUCGUCAGUUAUCUUUAUUUAUCCAUGUACACACAAGAACUCGUAUCAUUCUCAAGUGUCUCUUGUUAAGUUUU